AGCGUCGCUGCACGGCCAGUGACGGCAACUCGGAUUGACCUCGUCAAGCCGUCGCCAUCUUACGUAAACUCGUCCGGUGGAUAUCCAACUUUUUUUCUCUGAAAGACUGCCGUGCAGGCUGACGCCACCGAGAGCGGGCGACGAUGGAUGUCCAGCCGAGGGACAUCAAGGUCCUGGAGACCGUGGAUGACAUCCAGGACCGGAGGGAGCAAGUUCUGGGCCGCUACUCGCAGUUCAAGACAGAGGCCCGUCACAAGCGGGAUCGGCUCGAGGAGUCUCGCCGCUUCCAGUACUUCAAGCGCGAUGCUGACGAGCUCGAGUCUUGGAUUCACGAGAAACUGCAGGCUGCCUCGGACGAGAGCUACAAAGACCCCACCAACCUGCAGGCAAAAAUUCAAAAGCACCAAGCCUUCGAGGCAGAAGUAGCAGCCCACGGAAAUGCCAUCGUGGUGCUUGACAACACCGGAAUGGAGAUGAUUGGCUACGGUCAUUUCGCCUCCGACACAAUCAAGCAAUGCCUUGAUGAGCUUCAUCGCCUCUGGGAGCUCCUCCUGAGCAAAUUGGCGGACAAGGGACAGAAGCUGCAGCAAGCGUUGGUGUUGGUCCAGUUUCUGCGCCAUUGUGAUGAGGUCAUGUUCUGGAUCAACGACAAGGAAACUUUUGUGAUGGCUGACGAGUUUGGUCAGGACUUGGAGCAUGUUGAAGUUCUUCAACGCAAGUUUGAUGAAUUUCAGAAGGACAUGGCCAGUCAGGAGUUCCGAGUGACCGAAGUGAACGAACAGGCAGAGAAGCUGAUCAAUGGUGAUCAUCCCGAACGAGAGACGAUCCGAAAACGGAGGGAGGAAUUGAACGAGGCCUGGAACAAGUUGAAGUCCCUCACCCUGCUGCGACAGGAGAGGCUGUUUGGCGCGCACGAGAUCCAGCGGUUCAACAGGGAUGCUGACGAGACCAUUACCUGGAUCACGGAGAAGGAUGUGGUGCUGUCAUCGGAUGACUACGGCCGGGACCUAGUGAGCGUGCAGACUCUCCAGCGUAAGCACGAGGGCAUCGAGAGGGACCUCGCUGCUCUAGAAGACAAGGUGAUGACCUUGGGUCAAGAGGCUGACAGGCUGUGCAGCAUCCACAGUGACCAUGGAGAUCAGAUUAGAGGAAAGCAUGCUGAGAUUAUGGCCACUUGGGAGAUGCUGAAGGCCAAGGCUCAAGAGCGAAGGCGUCGCCUGGACGAAUCGUACCUGCUUCACCGCUUCCUGGCUGAUUUCCGGGACCUUGUGUCCUGGAUCCAUGAUAUGAAGGCUAUCAUCUCGGCGGACGAGUUGGCUAAGGACGUCGCCGGAGCAGAAGCUUUGCUGGAACGCCACCAGGAGCACAAGGGCGAGAUUGAUGCCAGGGAAGACAGCUUCCGCUCCACUGCUGAGGCAGGACAGAUUCUUCUGGAUCAGAAGCAUUAUGCUGUCGACGAGGUCAAAGAAAAACUGACAACCCUGGAGAGCGAGAAGGGGGUGCUGCUGUCGCUGUGGGAGGAACGGCGCAUCCUGUACGAGCAGUGCAUGGACCUGCAGCUGUUCUACCGGGACACGGAGCAGGCGGACACCUGGAUGGCCAAGCAGGAGGCCUUCCUGGCCAACAGGGACCUGGGCGACUCGCUCGACUCAGUCGAGUCCCUGCUCAAGAAGCACGAGGACUUUGAGAAGUCCCUCAACGCCCAGGAGGAGAAGAUCAAGGCUCUUGAUGAAUUUGCAACCAAGCUCAUUGAAGGGCACCACUACGCGGCGGAUGACGUCGCUCAGAGAAGAGCUGCGCUCCUGGAGAGGAGGAACGCCCUGCUGGAGCGCUCUCGCACCCGCCACACGAUGCUGGAGGAGUCUUACCGUCUGCAGCAGUUUGAGCGAGACUGCGACGAGACCAAGGGCUGGAUCAACGAGAAACUCAAGACGGCCACCGACGAGAGCUACCUGGACCCCACCAACCUGAAUGGGAAGGUGCAGAAGCACCAGAACUUCAUUCAGGAGCUGAACGCCAACCGCAGCCGCGUGGAAGACAUCACAAGCACGGGCCAGGAGCUGAUCGAGGCCAAGCACUACGCUUCGGACCGCAUUGGCCAGCGCAUGGAGGACAUCAUCACGCUGUGGCAGGCACUGACCGAAGCCGCAGACACCAAGGGCACCAAGCUGAACGAGGCCUCGGCUCAGCAGCAGUUCAACCGCGGGGUGGAAGACAUCGAGCUCUGGCUGUCUGAGGUCGAGGGCCAGCUGAUGUCAGAAGAUAAUGGAAAGGACCUGACAAGUGUCCAGAAUCUGCUGAAGAAACAUGCUCUUCUAGAGACGGAUGUCAACUCCCAUGCGGACCGAGUGGACGGAGUGAUGAUCCAGGCCCAACAGUUUGCCGACAAGGGCCACUUCGAUGCCCCGGCCAUCAUAGCCAAGAAGGCGGCCCUGGUGGAGCGCUACAACAGGCUGCAGGCACCGAUGGGCAACCGCAGGCAGAAGCUGCAGGACUCCUUGCGCGUGCAGCAGCUGUUCCGCGACGUGGAAGACGAGGAGGCAUGGAUCAGGGAGAAGGAACCCAUCGCAGCGUCCACAAACCGCGGACGUGACCUGAUUGGGGUCCAGAACCUGAUCAAGAAGCACCAGGCGGUGCUGGCUGAGAUCAACAACCACGAGAACCGGGUGCGGGGCGUCUGCCAGGCUGGGGAGAACAUGGUGGCCGACGGUCACUUUGCCCACGAGGAGAUCAACAAGCGCAUCCAGAACCUCAGCGAGAAGUGGCAGCAGCUCAAGGACAAGGCACUGCAGCGUAAGCGUGACUUGGAGGACUCCCUUCAGGCGCACCAGUACUUUGCAGAUGCCAACGAAGCCGAGUCCUGGAUGAAGGAGAAGGAGCCCAUUGUGGGCAGCCAGGACUACGGCAAGGAUGAGGACUCCGCCGAGGCUCUCUUGAAGAAACACGAGGCCCUGAUGGCUGACCUGGAGGCCUUUGGAAACUCUGUAGAAGCCCUCAAGGAACAGGCUCAGUCAUGCAGACAGCAAGAAGCCCCCGUGGUAGAUCAGGCCGGCAAGGAGUUUGUCAUGGCCCUGUACGACUACACCGAGAAGAGCCCGCGAGAGGUGUCCAUGAAGAAGAAUGACGUCCUCACACUUCUGAACAGUAACAACAAGGACUGGUGGAAAGUAGAGGUUAAUGACCGGCAGGGGUUUGUGCCGGCGGCUUACGUGAAGAAGAUGGAGGCCGGCCUGUCUGCCAGCCAGCAGCACCUGGCCGAGGGCAACAGCAUCGGAGCCCGGCAGAGCCAGAUCGAGAACCAAUACGGCAACCUGAUGGAUCUUGGCCGGGGGCGCUGCGACAAGCUGGGCGAGUCCCUCCGUGCCUACCAGCUGGUGCGUGAGGCUGCGGAGCUCGCCCAGUGGAUCAAGGACAAGGAGCAAGUGGCCCAGGUGCAGGAGGUUGGGGAGGAUCUGGAGCAGGUGGAGGUGCUCCAGAAGAAGUUUGACGACUUCAUGUCGGACCUGAAGGGCAACGAGGUGCGCCUGGGCGAGAUGAACAACAUCGCCAGCAAGCUUAUGACCCUCGGCCAGACCGAGGCCGCCGUCAAGAUCCAGACUCAGAUCGAGGACCUGAACCAGAAGUGGCAGCACCUGCAGGAGGUGACGCAGGAGCGGGCCCAGCAGUUGGGCUCGGCGCACGAGGUGCAACGCUUCCACCGGGACGUGGACGAGACGAAGGACUGGAUCCAGGAGAAAGAUGAUGCACUGUUGGCGGACGACUGUGGCCACGACUUGCGUUCGGUCCAGACCAUGCAGCGCAAGCACGAGGGCCUCGAGAGGGACCUGGCCGCACUGGGAGACCGGAUCCGCCAUCUAGACGACACGGCAAGCCGCCUGGUGAACACCCACCCCGAGUCGUCGGACACCACCUCGACCAAGAAGCUGGAGAUCAUCCAGGAGUGGACGCGGCUGACGGCCAAGGCCAAGGCCCGCAAGGAGAAGCUGCUCGACUCCUACGACCUCCAGCGCUUCCUUGCCGACUACAGAGACCUGACAUCAUGGAUCAACAGCAUGAUGGCUCUAGUGUCCUCUGAUGAGUUGGCAAAUGAUGUGACAGGAGCUGAAGCUCUGCUUGAAAGACAUCUGACGUACCGCUCUGAAAUAGACGCCCGGUAUGGCAUUCCCCAGGAGCACCGCACUGAGAUUGACGCUCGUGCUGGAACCUUCCAAGCCUUUGAGAUGUUUGGACAACAGCUGCUCCAGAACGGUCACUACGCAAGCGUCGAGAUUCAGGAAAAGCUCGACAAGAUGACCGAGGCUCGCAAGGAGCUUGAAAAGGCCUGGAUUGCCCGGCGGGUGAAGGUGGACCAGUGCCUGGACCUGCAGCUGUUCUACCGGGACUGCGAGCAGGCCGAGAACUGGAUGGGCAGCCGGGAGGCCUUCCUCGGUUCAGAGGACAUGGGUGGCGACAACGUCGAGGCCCUCAUCAAGAAGCACGAGGACUUUGACAAAGCCAUCAGCGCCCAGGAGGAGAAGAUUGCUGCCCUGGCUGCCUUGGCUGACAAACUGGUUGCCGCUAACCACUACGCUGGCAACGACAUUGAGGACAAGAAGGACCAAGUGCUGGACAGGUGGAAGCACCUGAAGGAGGCCCUGAUCGAGAAGAGGUCUCGCCUGGGAGAAUCCCAGACCUUGCAGCAGUUCAGCAGGGAUGCCGACGAGAUUGAGAACUGGAUUGCCGAGAAGCUCCAGAUGGCCAUGGACGAGUCGUACAAAGACCCAGCUAACAUCCAGAGCAAGCACAAGAAACACCAGGCAUUUGAGGCGGAGCUGGCGGCCAAUGCAGACCGCAUCCAGUCAGUGCUGGCCAUGGGCCAGAACCUGAUUGACAAGCGCAAGUGUGCGGGCUCCGAGGACGCAGUGCAGGCCCGCCUGGGCUCCAUUGCCGACCAGUGGGAGCACCUGACCACCAAGUCCUCGGAGAAGAGCAUGAAGCUCAAGGAGGCCAACAAGCAGCGGACCUUCCACGCUGCCGUCAAGGACAUCGACUUCUGGCUCGGCGAGGUGGAGUCGCUGCUGAAGAGUGAGGACAGCGGCAAGGACCUGGCGUCGGUGCAGAACCUGACCAAGAAGCACCAGCUGGUGGAGGCAGACAUCCUGGCCCACGAGGACCGGGUGAAGGACCUGAACGGCCUGGCAGACUCCCUGGUGGACUCUGGCCAGUUCCACUCAGGCCCCAUCCAGGAGAAGCGGUCGUCCAUCAACGAGCGCUACGAGCGGCUGCGCACCCUGGCCGCCUACCGUCGCUCCCGCCUGCACGAGGCUAACACCCUGCACCAGUUCUUCAGGGACAUUGCCGACGAGGAGUCCUGGAUCAAAGAGAAGAAGCUGCUGGUGGGGUCCGACGACUACGGCAGGGACCUGACCGGGGUGCAGAACCUGCGCAAGAAGCAUAAGCGCCUGGAUGCAGAGCUGGGGGCCCACGAGCCGGCCAUCCAGGCGGUGCAGGAGGCUGGCCACAAGCUCAUGGCCGAGUCCAACCUGGGCGUGCCCGAGAUUGAGCAGCGCCUCCAGACCCUCGAGCUCUCCUGGCGGGAGCUCAAGCAGAUGGCCGGUGACCGUGGCCACAAGCUGGACGAGUCGCUGGUGUACCAGCAGUUCCUGGCCAAGGUGGAGGAAGAGGAGGCCUGGAUUUCCGAGAAGCAGCAGCUCCUGUCCGUCGAGGACUAUGGAGACACCAUGGCUGCCGUGCAGGGCCUGCUGAAGAAGCACGAAGCGUUUGAGGCAGACUUUGCGGUGCACCGCGAGCGUUGCGGGGAUACGGUGUCGGCGGGCCAGACGCUGGUCCAGGAGGGCAACCACCACCGGGACUCGAUUCAGCAGCGCCUGGACCAGCUGGUCUCGCGCCUCGACGCCCUCGAGGCCAGUGCCGCCCGGCGCAAGGCCAAGCUCCAGGACAACUCGGCCUACCUCCAGUUCAUGUGGAAGGCCGACGUGGUCGAGAGCUGGAUCGCCGACAAAGAGACCCAUGUUCGAUCGGAGGACUUUGGCCGAGACCUGUCAUCUGUGCAGACCUUACUCACAAAGCAGGAGACCUUCGACGCCGGCCUGGGGGCCUUUGAGCAAGAGGGCAUCCAAAGCAUCAGCCAGCUCAAGGACCAGCUUGUGGCGGCCAACCACGACCAGACGGCCGCCAUCAUGAGACGCCACGACGAUGUCCUCACCAGGUGGAACAACCUGCUGGCAGCUUCCAACGCCCGCAAGCUUCGUCUCCUCCACAUGCUGGAGCAGUUUAAGCAGAUUGAGGACCUGUUCCUGACGUUUGCGAAGAAGGCGUCAGCAUUCAACAGCUGGUUUGAGAAUGCGGAGGAGGACCUGACGGACCCUGUGCGGUGCAACUCUGUGGAGGAGAUCCGGGCCCUGCGGGAGGCGCACGCCCAGUUCCAGGGCUCCCUGGGCUCGGCCCAGGCGGACUUUGAGGCCCUGGCCACCCUAGACCGCAAGAUCAAGGGCUUCAACGUGGGGCCCAACCCGUACACCUGGUUUACCAUGGAGGCCCUCGAGGACACCUGGCGCAACCUCCAAAAGAUCAUCAAGGAACGAGAUGUUGAGCUGGCUAAGGAGGCCCAGCGACAGGAGGAGAACGACCGCCUUCGCAGAGAGUUUGCCAAGCAUGCCAAUGCUUUGCACCAGUGGCUCACAGACACACGAAUGUGGCUGCUGGAUGGGUCCUCCAUGAUGGAAGGCUCGGGAACAUUGGAAGCACAGCUGGAAGCUACGAAGCGCAAGGCGGCGGAGGUGCGUGCCAAGCGGGCGGACCUGAAGCGCAUCGAGGACUUGGGGGCCAUGCUAGAGGAGCAGCUGAUCCUGGACAACCGGUACACGGAGCACGGCACGGUGGGGCUGGCCCAGCAGUGGGACCAGCUGGACCAGCUGGGCAUGCGCAUGCAGCACAACCUCGAGCAACAGAUUCAGGCCAGGAACCAAAGUGGAGUCACAGAGGAUGCCCUCAAGGAGUUCAGCAUGAUGUUCAAGCACUUUGAUAAGGACAAGAGUGGCAAGCUGAACCAGGUGGAGUUCAAGUCGUGCCUGCGGGCCCUGGGCUACGACCUGCCCAUGGUGGAGGAGGGCCAGCCGGACCCGGAGUUCGAGGCCAUCCUGGACACGGUGGACCCCAACCGGGACGGACACGUGUCGCUGCAGGAGUACAUGGCCUUCAUGAUCUCCCGGGAGACGGAGAACGUGCGCUCGUCGGAAGAGAUUGAGAACGCCUUCCGCGCCAUCACCUCGGGAGACCGCCCUUACGUCACCGCCGACGAGCUCUACGCGAACCUCACCAAGGACAUGGCGGACUACUGCGUGUCGCGUAUGAAGCCCUACGUCGACCCGAAAAGUGGUCGUUCCAUCUCCGGAGCGUACGACUAUAUUGAGUUCACUCGCACCUUGUUCCAAAACUGAGCACUGCCUUUUUUGUGUUGUCUCCCUUAAAAUAUUUAGAAAAGAGGAAAAAAAUCCAGAUUCAAGCUUCUGAACGUGCUGGCAUGAAGGCUUGGCUAGAGCAAGGAAACAAAAACGGAGAAUAGCCUUGCAUUGCUUUUUACCUGUUUAGCCACUUCGAAGGUUUCAUAAAGGGAAAAAGGUGGUUAAUAUUUUUUUUUAUGGCAUUUCAUUUCAACCUUAGUUAUGUGCUUUUUCUCGGGAAGGUCCUCGCACAUAUUAAUCCACUUUUUAGGUAGCUUUGGCUAAGUAGGGUUUAGCGAACAUUUAUCAUAUUAGUUGUGUAGAGGGUCAAGACCUUGCCUUUUUCUUCAGAUAGGAUCUCUUAAACCUUUUAUCACUUUACUUUGCGAGGCAUGGGAUAUGUUUGACAAUGGUGACAUACUUGUGUAUCUGGCAGCUUUCAGAAGAAGCAUGCUUCGGUAUUUAUGUGUAACUGAGCUUUUAAUAAAGCGAGCUACAUUUAUUGGAUCAAA